GGGUGGGGACGGGACGAGACGGGACAGGACAAGCCCUGCUGACGGGGGUGCACCCGGCCAGCGGAGCGGCGAGCAGAGCAGAGGAGGGUCGGCGGGCACGGCCCGGAGCGAUACCAUGUCUGCUCCAAGUGGCAACCCUGUCCCAUCUGCACCACCUUCUUAUGAGGAAACUGUAGGAAUCAAUAUGAACUACCCUCAGCCCUACCCUGUUCCUGGCCCUGGGCAGAAUCCAGAUGUGAAGGGAGUGAACCCUCCCCCAUACAUGGGACAGGCUGCACCAGCAAACAACCCCAUUAGAGUUCAGACGGUGUAUGUGCAGCAACCAGUGAUGUUUUAUGACCACCCAGUCCAGAUGUGCUGCCCUUCCUGUAACCAGAUGAUAGUGACUCGUCUCUCCUAUGAGGCAGGAGCUUUGACUUGGCUGUCGUGUGGUGGCCUCUGCCUGCUGGGGUGUAUAGGAGGCUGCUGCUUGUUUCCCUUCUGCAUUAACGCCCUCAAGGAUGUGGAUCACACCUGUCCGAACUGCAACACUCUUCUUGGUUGUUACAAACGUUUCUAGGCAGUGUCUAAACAUUGAUCGAUGAAGCUGGUUAGCACCUCUGCAAGCCCUCUCUGAAGCUUCAUGGAGACUGCUCGUUUCUGUGCAUCUUGUCACUGGAAACCAAUAAAAAGUAAUGUUUCUUGCUAGGUUGUUUGAAUACAAAUUUGCCUGAGGGGAUUUUCACUGUAAAAAAUCUACAUAAUCUGUAUGGGCCACUAGGUGCAGCAGCAGCUGAGAGCAAUGGAAUGUGUCCCUUUUUGCUUUAUGCAAAACAGGUUGGUGAUGUUCUGCAGUUAAUCUUAUCUCAAUCAUGUGGCACCUUGUGCUUGCUGCAGUCUCAGCACAGACCGAGAGGAGGAUGCCUGUGGAGAACCCUUUAGGCUCACGCUUGGUGUCAGUGCUUUGGCAACAGCACUGUUUACAGCCUGGCAGGGAGUUGCCUCAGAGACAGGUGCCCUUCUUUGACAAAAGAAAUGAUUUCUUGGCAUCUUUUCAUGAGCACUAGAAUUCACUUUAAAACUUGGAAGAGAACCAAACCUAAAGGCUUCUUCCUUCCUGGAGGUUGCUUUACCAAAAGGACAACUCAGGUUAUUGUGCAUCAGUGGUGAUUGAAUCCAGUGUCUGAAUUUUGUUGCCAGUUUCAAGUCUCUAAUCUGCAGUGAAGGUGUUCACACAGGAAUGUUUAAUAGAUACUUGUCCAGUGUUUGGCUGGAGUUUUUUUCACUGCUGACUGUAAGUCUGUGAAGUGUUCUCUUCAGCCCAGAGAGCCUUGGUUACAGCAUUGGAAAACUUCCUUGUAUAUUUAUAUAACUCAGCAGAAAGAUCAUGCACAAACCUCAGCCUUUUCUUAAGGCUUGAAUUCUGCCUGGAAAACAUAGAUAAAGGACCUGGCUUCUAAUUGUCGAUGUGCUUGUCAAUUACUAUUUCUUUAUUAAGAAGGCAAAAUGUUUGUUAAGGAGUUUCUCUGACCUGUACUAUGAUUUCUUUAAAAUGAAGUAAAAGAUACAUUUUGUUUUCAGAUAUGCUUAUUUAAGACAAUGAUCA